GAAUUGACUGGAAAAAUGUCCGUGAUCGACACUGAUAGCAGAUCUGAACGGUGGAACAGGGCAGUUCUGGGGCCACUUUCGAGUGACUUUCUGCGCAUCACGACACCACGGGACAUUCAAGAGCAAGCCGAUCGACAGGCUGCCCUGGCACUCUACCAGCAGCAGACGGCACUGUCGCCCUACAUGCCGGCCAACAUUGUUGGCAGGCUGAGCAUUACGGUGGCUCAGGCCAAGCUAGUGAAAAAUUAUGGGAUGACACGAAUGGAUCCGUAUGUGAGGAUUCGUGUGGGGCAUUUUGUGUAUGAAACACAGACAGAUCCAAAUGGUGGGAAGAAUCCCAGGUGGAAUCGUGUCGUUCACAGUCAACUUCCAGCUGGGGUGACUUCAAUAUCUCUGGAAAUUUAUGAUGAGUGCAGCUUUACAAUGGACGAAUUGAUUGCGUGGACGGAGAUUAAGCUUCCGGAAGCUGUUUUGAGGGGGGAUACUCAUGAGGAUUGGUAUCCGUUGAGUGGGAAGCAGGGUGAUGGUGUUGAGGGGAUGAUUGAUUUGGUGCUGAGCUUCCAGCCGGCUUCUGCUCAAAAUGCCACCAGCUACAUGUACCAAUCUGUGGCACCAGUUGUGGUGGUACCGAGUGUCACAGGUCGCCCAAUGCCAGUUUUUGUCCAUCAGCAGCAGCAGCAUCACCAACAAGUGGUGAAUUCACAGUAUCCUCCACAACAGCAGCAACAGCCACCGCCUCAGCCAAUUUGUGCAGCACCUCCCAUCACGGAGGAAGACUUGAAGCAGAUCCAGGAGAUGUUCCCAAAUACCGAUCCCGAGGUGAUUAAAUCUGUUUGGGAAGCUAACAGGGGCAACAAGGAUCGCACCAUAAAUUCCCUCCUGCAAAUGACUGAACAGUAGAGAGACAAGAGAUAUAUUCCCUUCCCAGCUUUUAGAUAGAGUCCUUGUCCUGACCAAAAAAAAAAAACUGGCAAAUACUGGCUUCUAUCACGCUUCCUUUCAUUCCUUUUUAAUCCUCCUGUUAAACCACCAUCAAUCAGAAUCCUCGCGUAAUAAUUAAUUUUGAAAAAUAAAAAAUGUGUCAUAGCCAGAAUUGGGAAGCCACUGUAGAAUGGAAACCUUCAGAUUAAUGAGUCAGAUAUUAAUCUCAUGGGAUGAAUCAUUGCCGCCGAAUAGGUAUUUCUUUUUACAAUUUAUUAAUAUAUUAAAGCUUUGAGAUGUUUUUUCGUGUCAAAUUUGCUCAUACAGCCAGCAGAUUGGAGGCUUUAAAUUACACCCAAGAAAUUCUAUAUUUGAAUGUAAAGAAAUCUAUUUAACAAAAAAAUAAAUGGUUCUUUCUACAAGGCA